AUGAAGAUUUCUCAGUUGUUGAUCUCUCUUGCCCCUUUAGCUGGUUUAGCCGUUGCUAGCGAUCCACCAAAAUGUGACGCGGAUAACAAAUGUCCAGAAGAAUAUCCUUGUUGUUCCAAUGAUGGAGCUUGUGGUACUGGAUCUUAUUGCCUGGGUCCUUGUGAUCCUCGUUAUUCAUUCAAUUCUACCUCUUGUAUGCCCGCUCCAAUCUGUAAGGCCGGAACAUUCACCCCUAGAAAGGAUAACAUGAUUCUACAAACAGAUUAUCUCGGUAAUAUCACUGCCAACGAUUUCCAAUACUAUGGUCAAGUUGAGGAUAAUGAUGAUUCAGUUAUGAUUAAAAUGCCUAAAAAAUCUACAGGUGGUGUCAUUUCUUCCAAUUUCUAUAUUUGGUAUGGUAACGUUAAAAUGAAAUUUAAGACAUCACAUAAUGCAGGUGUUGUCUCUGCUGCAAUUUUAUUCUCUCAAGUGGAAGAUGAAAUCGAUUUCGAAUGGGUCGGUAGUGAAUUGGAUACCACAGAAACUAACUUUUAUUAUGAAGGUAUCUUGGAUUAUCAUAAUGGUAAUAAGAGUUCCUCUGCUAACACUUAUGAAGAUUUCCAUGUCUAUGAAAUCGACUGGACUCAAGAUGAAAUCAAUUGGUUAAUCGAUGGCUCUGUUGUUAGAACCUUGAAGAAAGACGAUACUUGGAAUUCUACCAGUAACAAGUACGAAUACCCUCAAACUCCUACUAGAGUUCAACUCUCAAUCUGGCCUGGUGGUGCAGCAGAUAGUCCAGAAGGUACCAGAGAAUGGGCCGGUGGUUAUAUCGAUUGGGACGCUUCUGAUUUCUCAGAUCCUGGUUACUUGUAUGUUGCCGUUGAUACUGUGGAAGUUACUUGUUACGACCCUCCAUCCACUGCUCAAACUGAAGGUAACAAAAAGGUCUCCUACAGAUACGAUGGUAAAGGGUAUGACGAAGAAAACGUUAUUAUCAGUGAUAAAGGUACUGUCAUCAAAGAUUUAGGCCGUACUGGUUUCAAUACAGGUGAAGAUCAAAAUGAUAACAGUUCUUCAAAAUCAAGUAUCAAGUCUUCUUCCACUUCUAAAUCAGCUUCAAGCUCUUCAAGCUCUCCUAGUUCAUCAAGCUCAGCUUCAAAGUCUUCUAACUCCGCUUCUUCUACAGAGUCAUCUAGCUCUUCAAAAUCCUCAAAAUCAUCAUCCAGUGCAUCACCAUCCUCUUCUUCAUCAUCCAGUGCAUCACUAUCCUCAAAAUCAUCAUCCAGUGCAUCACUGUCCUCUUCUUCAUCAUCCGAAACAUCUGUUAUAGAGUCUUCAUCUUCAAGCUCCUCCGUAGAGUCUACUUCCUCAUCCACUCCUGCUAUUUCGUCAACUUUAACUCCUGCUGUAGAAUCUACAGCAUCAUCAAGUACCGCUCAUGGUUUUAUCCAGGAUACUAAUACCCUGUCUGCGUCAGCUACCGCUAGUGUCUCUUCAAUCGUAUCUGUAACUCCAUCAAAGGGCCAUUUGAAUAAUGCCUCCUUGCUCGGUUUGCUCAUAGCAUUUGUUUCACACUUUGCAUUUUGA